CCGUUCCUGCCGGCGCCGAAGCCGCGGGAGGAGUGACCCGAAGAGCCACAAAGGAGCGCCGGCGGCGAAGCCUGCGCUGCCAGCGGAGUCGCCAUGAGCUGGGGCACGGAGCUCUGGGACCAGUUUGAUAAUUUAGACAAGCACACACAGUGGGGCAUUGAUUUCCUGGAAAAAUAUGCAAAGUUUGUAAAAGAAAGGAUAGAGAUUGAACAGAAUUAUGCAAAGCAACUGAGAAAUCUGGUGAAGAAAUAUUGUCCUAAACGUUCAUCCAAAGAUGAAGAGCCCAGGUUUACCUCAUGUAUAGCCUUUUAUAAUAUUCUUAAUGAAUUAAAUGACUACGCAGGACAGCGUGAAGUAGUAGCAGAAGAACUGGGACAUAGGGUAUAUGGAGAACUGAUGAGAUAUUCCCACGAACUCAAAACAGAAAGGAAACUGCACCUUCAAGAGGGCCGAAAAGCACAACAGUAUCUUGACAUGUGUUGGAAGCAGAUGGAUAAUAGCAAAAAGAAAUUUGAAAGAGAGUGCAAAGAAGCAGAAAAGGCACAGCAGUGUUAUGAGAGACUGGACAAUGAUACCAAUGCUACUAAAGCAGAUGUUGAAAAAGCAAAGCAGCAGUUAAACCUGCGUACACAUAUGGCUGAUGAAAAUAAAAACGAAUAUGCUGCACAGUUGCAGAAUUUCAAUGGUGAACAGCACAAGCAUUUCUAUAUUGUCAUUCCUCAAAUAUAUAAGCACCUUCAAGAAAUGGAUGAACGACGAACCAUCAAACUUAGUGAAUGUUAUAAAGGAUUUGCAGAUUCUGAGCGGAAAGUUAUUCCAAUAAUCUCAAAAUGUUUAGAAGGAAUGAUUGCUGCAGCCAAAUCAGUUGAUGAACGCAGAGAUUCUCAAAUAGUAAUAGACUCCUUUAAGUCUGGCUUUGAACCUCCCGGAGACUUUCCAUUUGAAGAUUACAGUCAACACAUUUACAGGACUGUUUCUGAUGGAACGAUCAGUACACCAAAACAGGAAGGGAUGAAAAUUGAUGCAAAAACCACUGUGGGCAAGGCUAAGGGCAAACUCUGGCUUUUUGGAAAGAAACCAAAGGGUCCUUCCCAAGAAGAUUUCAGUCACCUGCCACCAGAACAAAGGCGGAAAAAACUGCAGCAGCGGAUUGAUGAACUUAACAGAGAAUUACAGAAAGAGACAGAUCAAAAAGAUGCCCUCAUCAAAAUGAAAGAUGUGUAUGAGAAAAAUCCACAAAUGGGUGAUCCAGGUAGUCUUCAGCCAAAAUUAAUGGAAACUAUGAACAACAUGGACCGUCUCCGAAUGGAAAUCCACAAGAAUGAGGCAUGGCUUUCUGAAGUUGAAGGUAAAGUAGCAACAAGAGGAGACCGAAGGCACAGCAGUGACAUCAACCAUCUUGUAACCCAAGGAAGAGAGAGUCCUGAAGGGAGCUAUACUGAUGAUGCAAACCAAGAAGUUCGAAGCCCACCCCAGCAGCAUGGCCCUCAUAAUGAAUUUGAUGAUGAGUUUGAAGAUGAUGAUCCUUUGCCGGCUAUAGGACAUUGUAAAGCUAUCUAUCCUUUUGAUGGUCACAAUGAAGGUACCCUUGCAAUGAAAGAAGGAGAGGUUUUGUAUAUUAUAGAGGAAGAUAAAGGGGAUGGAUGGACAAGAGCUCGGAGGCAGAAUGGAGAAGAAGGAUACGUGCCAACUUCCUACAUAGAUGUAACUCUAGAAAAAAACAGUAAAGGUGCAGUAACCUAUAUAUAAUCUCCAGUCCAUCACCUUAUCCAUGAACAUUCCUUAAUGAAUACUGAAGCACAUAAUUGGAUGGAAAAGUAUAAAACCAUUUAGGAGUCUUUGCAAUAUGUGAUUUACCACAGGAGCCCAAACUAAGAUCUCAGUUUUGAAACUGGAAAACGUCUGCAUAUAACUUAUAUUGUUCUGUGGCUGUGAUCAAUGCCAUCUUUGUUUAAUUUCUCCAUGUGCUUUUAACUUCUGGGCUUUGAAGUGUUCUUUUUCAGUACACAGUCAGGUCAUAUUUUAUUGGUUUUCAUAGUUUUAAUGUUAUUCUUGUAAAGUUUAUUUCUUCCUUUUAAAAGAACAUUAUUAUUUUAGAAUGAAUUGUUUCAUUGCUUUAGGGUAUACCAUUUCUGGGCAAUCCAUUUUUAUCCUACACCAGAGCUCGUUCCAGUGUCCAAGUAAUAGCUAAACUUAAUUAAACGAAAAUGAAGGUCAGCUUUAACUUUUAUUUUCUGAACAACAGCUCUUCUUCUCAUUGCCCUGUGCUAAUUUAUGCACUGGACACAUUUUGUAAGAACAGCCUGCAGUCUAAUGCAAUGUAAGGUUAUGCAGAAAUAAAAGAAAACUUUCAGUUACAAGGGUGCGUGCCAUUACCUCCAUGUAGUGGAACCUAGGGAGUUGCAAUGUAGGCUUACAAACAUUCCUGUUCUGCAAGUAUUUUUUGCAGCUUUUCCUUUCUAAAUUAGAUCUUAGAUUCCUAGAAAUAAAUGCAGCGAGUUGCAAGAGGUAUAGCAGCCCUUCAGCUUGAUGAUCUACUCCUUUUUGCUCUUUCUCGUAUUGGGGAUUUUGUAUAUGUUUUAUGUAUAUACAAUUGAAGAGUCCCCGCCUCUCAUGCCAACACUUGACAUACUUCUCUUGUUAAUUGUCUCUUCAAAAAGCACAGAAAAGUUACAACUGCUUCCUACAGAUCUCUUAUACUUGGUUCCAUUCAUUCCAAUAGAAAGUGCACAAAGGAAUAAAUGCAGAUCAGUUCCUUUUGUUAAAAUGAACGGGUAAGGUCUUUGUAUGUGGAAACGUUUUCAUGCCCAGAACAGAACAUUUUAUCAGGAUGUUAAUCUGUGGUAUCAUAUGAUUGGAAUCGGAAUGCUCUAACUUAUAUUACUUGUGCUUAUGCUUGUACAUUUUCACUGGGAUGCUAGGGAACAUUUGGAAGUUAAAUUGCACUAAUUUGCUACUGAAUGAACUUCUAUCCAGAAAGUAUGAAGUGGGGAACCCUUGCAAAGGAUCUGAGCCAUUAUCUAGUAUAACCAUAAUAAUUUGAGGUGGAUUUUUUUUUUUUAAAUGACUAUGCUUCUCUUUUUUGAAUGGCCCCUGGUAAUUCUGUUCUGUUCUUUUUUUCCUCUCGGAUUGCAGGUUCCUGAAGCGGGUUUCUGAGAAAAUGGGCGAGAUGUUGAAGGAGGUUACAUGCAGCUGCUUUUUGGGGGAGGGUGUUAGGCCCAGCAAGAUGGGGGGAAAGCCAGUUGCAUGAAAGCAUGUAGGCAUAUGUUUCUCACUAACAAUGUUAGCAUUUCUCUGUGUGUUCAAAAUUGUGGUAAGCUAAAACUCCAUUCCAACAGAACCAAACAACCCAAUCUGAAAACAUACCCUUUCCAUAGUUUGAAGUUCUGAAACACUAUAGCUGUUUACCACUUGCAUUUUAUAUUGGCUGUUUCAGUUGCUUCCUUUCCAUAUAUCCAUUUUAAAUCAGCAUUCAGUCAAACUCAUGUCAUUGACAGUCUCUGCCUGUGCCACCUCCAUGCUCGCCCUAAACCUUUUCCUGCAUGUCUAGAUACGCGUCAGGCAUGUCUGCCUAAUGUUUUGUACUUCCGUAGCUCUUCUCCCUCUCCUGCAUUUGUAGCAACCUCCAGCACUAAAGUUUUUUAUUUCCCUACCCAUUUCUGUCGCUGUAAUUUUUUUUUUUCCUUCAUUGUGACCAUUCCAGUUCUUUGGAGUUACACAGGCUGUGAACUUAGCAUUCAUUCUGCUUUGGGGAAUGGAAUACAUCUCAGCACUAGGCCAUUCCAGCCUAUCAGCACCUCAAUACUUUUUCAUGAGCACUGAAAUCCUGGGAUAAUAAGAGCACAGAUUUGCCGCUAUAAGACAACCAACUCUUUUCAGAAAUCAAGUGCUUGUCAUUCAGAUGCUGCCUUAAACUCUCGAGUGCCUAAAUCGUUGAUUGCCAACACUACCACUUCAGUAUCCCGCUAAGGGCUAUUGGGUCUCAGCUCUGUAUGACCUCCUGAAUCUUUCUACAGUUCUGCAGCUGUUGGUAGCCAAUGGUAGAUGUUUUCUAGAUCUCUACCAGUCUAUAACACAAGGUGCAUUGUGAAUGUGACACAUUGAAAACAAAGUACAUGAAUCAAUUUUGUUUUAUGUCUAAUGAAUGUUUUUAAUAGGAUUUUUAUGGAGCCUUUUUUUAAUUGUCUAUUUUUUUGAGUUGGGGAUGGGGGAAGACACCAGUUUUUAAUGAACUGCAGUGUUCGUCUGUUUCCAAGUAUGCUUCAUUGUAAGGACCAGUUAAAAAUUGGAGUGAUACUUUGUAAUGACCUAUGUGCACUUUUAUUUGUAAACAUUGCGAUUUGGACAUGUUUAUACAUGUAAAUAUAGUUGUCUGCAGCACCCCAUCAUUGCUCAUGUUAAUUGUCUGCCAUUUGUGAAUUAUGUUAAUGAAAACAUCAAAUCUAAACAAAAUAGGGUAAUCUUAGUAUAUGGGAAGGGAAGUGGGAGGGACAAAGAAACAGUUAAAUUAAGCUUCAUAAAACCAGCUUUUUGCUGUUUGUGGUAAUAUUUAAAAUCCUGCUUUUUCUAAGGGUGGGAAUCAAAGCAAUAUUUGGACACAGCAAUGCUGGAUUCCUUUAGAACUUUUUUCAGUGUUACUAGCAGUUGUACUAUCAGUAAAACUAAAUCUGUGUGACUCUUGUGUGGAGAUUUCUUCCUUUUACUAUUACGUGUGCCACUAUUACACAGAUGAUAUAGUGUAUUUACAUUGAAGGUGAUAAAACACUAAAGGUUAGAGUUUUGGGAUAUUGUAAACAGGGUUAUUUAUAAUAAUGCGACCGUAUGCCAUUACUGACCCAACUACAUUGAAUAGUUCUUUGUUUAGUGCUGGCUUUUUAUUUUAAAAUUAAAAAUUAAAUACAACAAUUAGGUUCUCACUCGUUCAGCCAGGAACCCUAUGGAUUUUGCUAACAGCCAGUUGGAGCUGCUUUUAACACUUCUAGUAAAGGACUAAUUGUUCUUUUGUGCUACUGUUUUUCUAGGGCAGGAUUUGUUUCCUCAGGAGGAUAUUUACUUUCUGUGGUAUAAAGCAUCCUUUAUGAGGGUAGUUAAAUGUAAGGGGAAGAAAAAAUCUUUGUACUUGCACAGUUGGCUAAAAUUAUUAUUUUGAAAUGUUGAGAAUUAAUUGUCUGAGUCAUAACUUUUCAGUAAUUUUUAAUCUUUUGUGCACGUGUUGAUUUUUUAAAUGUUUAAAUGCUUUGUUAAAUAAUAGUGGUUCUCUUCAAAAUAUUUUCAUGGAAUUAAACAAUCUUUUCAUGGCCCUGAUAA